GCUGCGCGGAGGCUCCGUGGUGUCGCCUGUCCGGGGCGGGGGCUGUGCUGUGGUGCAGGGGUGAACCCUGCCCCCUCUUCCCCAGGGCCCCGAGCCCGCCCCGGCACAAGGACCCGCGCGUCCUUCAGGGGAGCUGAGCCCCCGCAUGCGGUGGCUGCGGGCAGACUAGGUGCCAGUAGGGACUGGAGGGAGGACGGGGGCACUAGUGGCUGUUGAGCAGGGGCGUGAGGGGUAUGGCCUCUGAAUGCAGACUUCCCGGACCCAAAAUGUGGGGUGCUGCCAGGGGAAAUGGACCGACCCAGGUCAUGCUCAGCUCGCACCCUCCACAUCCGCACUCUGCCGGACCCUGGGCCUGGGCUGGUCCGCUCGCUUCCUGCGCACUGCCAGGAGCUUCUGUCUAAAUGGGUCCAGUCAUGCCUCCCAGUAAGAAGCCAGAGGGCUCGGGAAUUAGUGUUUCCAGCGGACUGAGUCAGUGUUAUCAGGAUAGUGAUUUAUCAAAGGCACUUCCUGAAGAGGAGGACCUAGAUCUUACUUUGCCUGCCAUAAGAUUAGAUAAAGCGGCCAUGGAGGAUGAAGAACUAACUAACUUGAACUGGUUACAUGAAAGCAAGAACUUGCUGAAAAGCUUUGGGGACUCUGUCUUAAGAAGUGUUAGCCCAGUUCAGGACAUUGAUGAUGACACGCCACCAUCUCCUGCUCACUCUGACAUGCCCUAUGAUGCCAAGCAGAACCCAAACUGCAAACCUCCUUAUUCCUUUAGCUGCCUCAUAUUUAUGGCCAUUGAGGACUCGCCAACCAAAAGACUGCCUGUAAAGGAUAUAUACAACUGGAUCCUAGAACACUUUCCCUAUUUUGCAAAUGCACCUACUGGAUGGAAAAACUCUGUGAGACAUAAUCUAUCACUAAAUAAGUGUUUUAAGAAAGUGGACAAGGACAGAAGUCAGAUACUGAGCAACCUGCAAACAAAUCAACAGAAAAAUGGAGACUCUCAAAGUAUUGGAAAGGGGUCCUUGUGGUGUAUAGACCCAGAGUAUAGACAAAAUCUUAUUCAGGCUUUGAAAAAGACACCCUAUCACCCAUACUCGCAUGUGUUCAAUACACCUCCCACAUCUCCUCAGGCAUAUCAAAGCACAUCAGGUCCACCCAUUUGGCCAGGAAGCACCUUUUUCAAGAGAAAUGGAGCCCUUCUGCAAGAUCCUGACAUUGAUGCUGCCACUGCCAUGAUGCUUUUGAAUACUCCCCCUGAGAUACAAGCAGGUUUUCCUCCUGGAGUGAUACAAAAUGGAGCCCGCGUUCUGAGUAGGGGAAUGUUCUCUGGAGUUAGGCCAUUGCCAAUCAAUCCGAUUGGAAGCAUGGCUGCUGCAGUAAGGAAUGGGAUAGCAAAUUGUCGGAUGCGGACAGAAAGUGAACAGUCGUGCGGCUCUCCAGUUGUUAGUGGUGAUCCAAAGGAGGAUCACAACUACAGCAGUGCCAAAUCUUCCAACCACAGGAGCACAUCGCCUGCUAGUGACUCAGUUUCCUCUUCCUCUGCUGAUGAUCAUUAUGAAUUUGCUACUAAAGGCAGCCAGGACAGCAGUGAAGGAAGUGAAGUUAGCUUCCAGAGCCAUGAGAGCCAUAGUGAAACAGAAGAAGAGGACAAAAAGCAAAGCCGAAAGGAGACCAAGGAUUCUUUAGCUGACAGUGGGUAUGCGUCCCAGCACAAGAAAAGGCAACAUUUACUGAAGGUGAAAAAAGUACCAAGUGACACACUGCCUCUUAAAAAGAGACGUACAGAAAAGCCUCCUGAGAGUGACGAUGAGGAGAUGAAAGAAGCAGCUGGAUCACUCCUGCAUUUAGCGGGAAUUCGGUCCUGUUUGAACAACAUCACCAAUCGGACGGCAAAGGGGCAGAAAGAGCAAAAGGAAACCACAAAAAAUUAGAACAAAUCUAUGAUUUGUUUGAACUUAAAAAAUUUUGUUUCAGCACGUCAGGUGAAUUCUAAUGAUUUGUGGCAAUAUCAGCAAUUUUUUUAGUUUGUUUUGUUUCUGUUUUUUCUUUAUAACUUUUUUUAGUUCCUAUUUCUUUUUUUCUUUUUUUUCUUUUGACCCUUAAGAUUUUUAUUUUUUAAAGGAGAUUAAAGCCAUAGAACUCAUACUGACACUCAGCUAAUUUACAAAAGCUUUUCAUUACCUGAAGACAAAAGUAAAAAGCCAAAAUUGCCAUUGCUUUCUCCGGCUUGUCAAAAAUGCAUGGUUGAAUACACAGUGACAUCGGCAUUAAUGUGAUGGGAGUACAAUUGGGCACUUGGAAAUCCCUAGAAGAGAUGUGCAUAAUUUAGUAUCAUUCAGGCCUGGCCCUUAAGUUAAAAUAAUGCAGCCUUUUGAUUAGGUUUAUUAAAUGAAUGUGAAUAAAGAGAUUUGGGGGAAAGAAGGAGGCAUGCACUCCUCAACACCAAACCCAAGGAACAGCUAGUGGCACUUGGAUACAGUUGUGCCAUAGAAGUCUUUGGACAACCACGGGUAGCAACUGCACAUAGAGUAAUGCACUGUUAGUGCUUCAUAUACUAUAUGUGGCUCAUAAUGUGAUGACUGAUAACUUUAAGUUGUGGAAAAUUUGAACUGUGUAUGCAAUGGGUUUCAGUGAUAUAAUGAGAAGAAAUGGGGGGAGGAGAAAUUGUUAGUGAUAUAGUUGAUCAUUGAAUUCUGUCUUCUAUAUUAAAUUAGAAGAAUGUUUAAAAAGCCAUAAGCCUGAAGAUUGGCACUAUGUGCAAAAAAUAAUAUGGAAAACAAGCUAUGUGUGCUAAACUGCCUGAGUAAAAAGCAGUCAAGUCUAAGCAACUACAGUAACUAUUAAGGAAGGAAAUGAAUCAGAAUCUUUUCCUGUGGAUCAGAAAUAUUUGAUCUAACUGGAAAACAUGCUACAAAACCUGCCAUUAGUAUUAUGCUGUAUUUCAAAAACAGAAUUAAAGCAUAUUGAUGGAUACUAUAAUUUUAAAAGUUCAAUAAGAGCUCCUAUACUGCCCUCAAAACUGAGCAUGCAGUUAAUGUCAGUCAGGAUUCAUCUGUGCAAAAAUGACAACAGAUUUCCAGAUUCAACCAAUGUAGCCAGCAGAAAAUUCUGAUCCACAUUGCAUGGAUUCCUUUUCUGGGGGAGGGGGAAGGGGGGAAACACAAAUAAAACAAACUUUUUAAAAUUCAAAGAUGACAAAGUUCUUGUAAGGUAAAUAAUGUAUUUAGCAUGAAGCAUGACUUAUUUUCAUAUAAAUAUAGAAAAUAGAGAAAAAGGCUAUGCCUCUAAUUUUUAAGCCCUUAGGCUUAGAGUUUUUUGUUUUGGUUUUUUGUUUUGAUUUGUUUUUUGUUUUUAUUUUUUGGGUUUUUGUUUUUGUUUUUUGAAGCAGGUGUUUAAGGUUUAACCUUCUUCAGGGACAAACACUGACUGUUGGGGAACUUACUCUGCAAUAUUAAAAAAUAAAAAAAAUCUUCACGCUCUGGUAGGGCUUGGAUGGUUGAAUUUUACUGCCUUGUCUGCACAUUCAGCCCCCUCUCCCUACUUCUCUGUUUUAAAAAACAAAGUAUGUCCUUUCUCUGUCUGUACAUGUGUAACAUGACGCAAUAAUCUGAGGGCAAAUUUAGUAGUGAGUGUGUAUGACGGAAUUAAGAGAAUAAUGGGAGGCUUAAUUGAGGAAAAUUCUGAUUUGGGUCAGGAAUAGGUAGGUCAGUGAAUAGCUUUGCUAAUUUGCCAUAAGAAAAUGAAGUUAGUAGAUAGCUGUAUUGAUGGUGAUCAGAAACGCAGCGCAGUGUUAGAAGAAGCGAUUCAGGUAGUAGUAGUGCCCCUUGCCUGAAAAUGUUGAUCGUUAAAUUAGCAUUCCCUUUGAGAGGGGGGAGCAUGUGAAAUGAUGUAAUCUAUUCCACUCCAGUUAGUAAAUUUGGCAUGAAAGCCAUCUACACGAAGAAUAUUCUGAAGGCAAAAGGAGCUGAGAACCCCAGUCCUUCAACAAAAUAAAACAAGCUUUUCUCUUUGAAAGGAAAUGGGGCUGUAUUUCUCUCUGGUGCAACUGCUUCAAUCCGUAGUUAUACAGGGAUGAGCAUAACCCAUGAACAGCAAGUGAUGAAAGAGCGAUGUGAUUGCCCAGUCAAUGGAGUGAAAUAAUAACUGUACUCCAAGACAUUUGUUUUUUACAUUCAGUUUAAGAAGCGGAAGGGUUGUGAAAUAAGUUACAAUAAGCCUGCCAGUAUUGCUCUGCAAAGCGAGUAUUUUACUAUGUAGAAAACACCACAACACAAGGGGGCCUCUGAUUUGCCUAAGCAUGUACUAGGGCCCAAGCCCAAAUAUAUGCAAAUUGAAUGGUAGUCCAUAGGCCAGAUUCUGGAGUCUGGCAGACCUGCAAGCAACACAGAUUAGGAAGGAGAGAUGCAAAGACUACAGAGAACACUGGUGCUCACCUGAUCUGAGGGCCACUGUGUCCAAGGUUGAAUCGAGGUGUAAUGUAGAGCGGCAGAUAGGAUGGUUCUAACUUGCCUUGGUUUAAUAGCCCUGAGAGGCACAAAAAAAAUGCCACUGCCAAGGAUCAUUGCAGCAGAGAACAGGUGCAUCAGCCACAUCUCUUCCUCUCAAUAGAGCUACUACAUGAAGGUUCCAGGGGCCUCCGUCUCCUUCCAGACCCACUGGCUCUACAGCCACAGUCUUCAGAAAGGAGGUAACACAAACACCACCAAAAAGUCUGGCCCUUGGUGUUUCAUGGGGUCCUGGGGAGAGUAAUUUCAACUUGAAAAUACCAUAACAACAACUCCCCCAGAAACUUGGUCUAGCACAUGCUUGCAGUUGUGUUAUUCCAUCCUACCAGACUCUUUGAUAUAAAAAAAAAUACAAAAAGUUACAUUUAACAUUGAGAGUAGAACUUAGUGGCUUCAUGUAAGUUCCAAGCAAUGACUCACUCCUCCCUGUUCUUGAGAGACAAUGACAUGGCUGCAUGCCAGCAGGCUAAACCUGCCUUCAGUCACAACAGUAAUUCCAGAGUAACUCCACUGACUAUAAUAAUUACUCCAGAUUUACCCCAGUGUUCUUGGCUGAAUAUAUAAUGAAUACUAUUGUUAAUCACCCAAGAAAAGUCUUUUGCAUAAACGCCUAAUUAGACAGGUUGUCUUUUUAAAAUAUAUAUUAUUUACGUAAGACUUCAAAAGCUCCCUCAUAGACUUGCUGGUAAAUCUAACGUUGGCAGGUAUGUUUUUAAAUGUGCAAUUUCUCACUCCAGGAUUGGUCUGCUAAGGAGAUGGAGUUGUGCAAUGUUAUAGAAAGUGCUUUCAAAACCUUAAAGAGGAACCAGCAGUUGGGCUAGGUAUCAGUGUCUCCUAUAGAAAGAUUUUUCAGUUUAAAAGUAAUUGGUCCUGAAUGCUGCCUACUGUAGUAAUUGUCAUCUGCUACAGGAUUACAAUUUGGGUUUUUUACAAAAGACUCGCAAGUCAGUGUUUAAGAUGUUUGCUUUGUGCUUGAUUAUAACAGCAUCUUUAGAACUGGUCCUGCUGCAUCAGUGGACUAUUCAUUUUAAUUAGCCAAGUGUUUUAUCCAUUGAAUUAGAAGGACUGGUUAAGGUCUAUUUAGUCCAUUACAUAACCAAAAUGAUAGAAUCAAUACAAAGCACUCUCAGAUUCCUUUAAGAAUUUAGAAAAGUUCCAGCUUUUCAAUCCAGUUCUCAUUUUUUUUUUAAUCCAGCCAAAACUAAGUAGUAAUUAGAUCAUCUUAGAUUCUUUUGUCUGAAAAUCUUUGUGUGAGAGAGACAUUCUAAAGUCUCUAAAGUUCUGUUUUUCCCUCUCUCAUCACUUUAAAAAACUUGCAAAAUUUGUAUUUCCCAAAACUGUCAUGAAAAAGCUAAUAAAGCAACAAAUGUUCAUAGGCAAGCUUCAGAUGUGAGUGAAUGUUUAAGGGUUGUUUGUAAUCGACCAACAAAUCUUUACCCUUUGAAGGAGUUAUUUUGCAGGGAGAAAUAUUUGUAAGCCAGAGCUAAUGCAGCAAAUAGAUUUUAUUUAAGUCUGCAGGUAUGAUGGAAUUCACUGUUUAUUGCUUGUGUUCUGCCAACAAUUUGAUGUCCUUUUGUAAAAUCACUUGGAUGGAGUUUUGCCUUUUAGAAAGCUAAGCCCCAGUCUUGACCAGCUUUGCUAUUUCAUCAAAUCUAUCUUCCUGAAAACACAAUUUAAUUCUGAUUUCACAUGUGUCAAAACCAGGAGGAACUCCAUGGGCAUGCAUGUGUUUAACUCAAUUUUAUGUCCAAAAAGUUCUUCCUGUUUUGCACUAAUGGGAGAAGAGAAUCCCCAAAUAGAUGCAUCCCACUGAAUUCCUGGCCAUGGAGGAACCUGUAGGCCAGAUCCCUUGUUGGGAUAAGGUGGAAUAAAAGGAAGCAUAAUGGAGUUAUGUCAGUUUCCAUUGGCAGAGAAUUUGCUCCUAAAUCAGCCAGUAUAUGGGCAAAAAAUUCCCAAAAUGUCUAAGUCCCAUUCUCAAUAGAAAUCUAUUGAUUUUUAAUGAGACUUUGACUCCUAAGUCACUAAAGGUCAGGUACUCGAGUGCCUAAAGGUGUAGAUUGUUGCCUACUGCAACUUUGAGCCUGAAGAUUGAACUCUAUUGGUGGUGAGUGUGAUCAGCUACUUGAGCACUCAGGCCUAGCAGAUGGCUACCUGCACCUUUAGGCACCUUAAUACCUAAAACAUCUGACCCUAUGGCUCUUAGAAAUGCAUUUAACAUUGUCAGCUAGGUUCAGUUUGAGUUACAAAUACAAUUUACUUCCCUUCAUUGAGAAGAACGUAAACCCAAGUUCUGUCAGGUGGGGCACUGCUGCCUGAAUAGCCCUUUUAAAAAAUAGAAAUAAGAAAUUUUUUUAAAUAUCCUAUUGACUUUGCCACCAAAAAAGCAUUUGAAUCAUACAUACUCUUGAUUGUAACAGUAUCAGUGUUGACAGUCUGACCAAUUAUGUCUUUAGUAUUGUUCUUCACAGCCCUCCAGUAAUAUAUCAAACACUGUUAUGCACAUAAUGCAGCACUGUGAUCUAAUUUAAAUAAUACUUUUUUAUUAUUUAUACUACUCUGUGUAAUAUACAUCAACACUUUGCUAUAUAAUCUAAGUGAUAACCCUCUUCUUAGUUAUCUGCCAAACUUUGAACUUCAGUUUGGUUUCUAUUGCAGUUAGUUACAACGUUGUAAUGAUGUCUCUUUCCUUUGAAAUGGAAUGUGUAAAUCAAACUAUAAACAUUGUGUGUUGUAUUUCGGGCUGACGUUUAUAAGGAUUUACACACAACAUUUGGUGUUCGGUAUAAAUCUGCAUAUACUUUUGUGAAUUCAUCUGUUAAUCCCCUUUCAUUUAGGAAGUAUUAAUUGACAGUGGUUUAUUAGGGUCUUUUUAUUUUUACAUUUUUAUUUUUAGUACUGGUUAUUCUUGAAUUAAGCACAGACUUGUCAGCUGGGUUGCUUUAUCAUUGAUAAUGUACAUGACCUUAGAAUUCUUCCACAGUUCAGCAAACAAGUACUAGCUUCACUGACCAAAAAAAAAGUCUUGACCUGAUGUGUCUAUGGUGCUGUAUUUUGCUGGUGUACAUUUAAAAUCAGAAAUGAGUUAACAAAGGUCACUUCAGAGUUGUGCUAGCAAGUAGCCUUUCCUCUUUUUUGUUAGUGUUGAAACCAAGAAUAUUUUACCUGAAAAUACAUAUUUGGGUUUAUUCUACUGUAUUUAUACUCAUUGCAUUUGCAAUGAGUAUAGGUUGGGAUUUCUAUUCCUUUUGCAAAUAAGGUGAAAUUUACUCAGGACCUGAUCUACAGUCCAUUUGAAAUCAGUGGGAGGGUUUUAUUUUUGUCUCUGGUUGGAUUUUUGGGGGGUUGACUUCACUGGAUUUUAGAUCAGACCAUCAGUGCUGAAGGGCUGUCAUUUAAGGGUUUAAAUGCUGCAUAGCACCGUUCACUGGUUAAAUUUCACCAGUCUGAUCUUCCAUAUUGGAUGUUCAGAUUCUAAUAUGGUUGAUAAUAGCUAGAAAUUGGACUUCAUUCUUUCAUUACUGUGGCCUGAAAUCCCAUUAUCUAUUUUUGUAGCUCAAAUAAGACUGAAAUUUAGUGCAUUUUUAAGUUAAUUGAACAUUGUACAUUUCUUCAGUAUGUGUGUGGGACAAUUAAAAGUAAUACCUGUAUUUGAUAGCCAAUUCUAUGACUGCAUCAUUCACACUCACUACUUAAACUGCCAUGGUGUAAAAUGUUAAGGGGGGAGGGGGAAAUGAUUUGUGUGUGUAUGAAAAGCAUUAUAAACUUGUACAUUUUUUAUACUCUGUAAUUUCUGAAAUAUUUUGUUUUACAGAAAAAAAGUGAUAAAGCAAUCAAAAGACCAAGAGGUUUAAUAUCAAUGCUUAAGGGUCACAUGACCUUAACUGGCCAAUAAGUGAAUUCAGUACAGUAAUAAGCCAAUUUUUUUUUACUGUAUUGACAUCAAACUGCCAAUUUCAUCAAUAUUAAAAUAAGAACUGUGAUGGGGGAAUGAACAGUGAUGUUAAGUUGUUUUUGUGUUUACCUAAAUGAGCAGUCCGAAGGCAAGUGCAAUCAGCCAAUCUUUAGGAAAUAUGAAAAUAUUGAUUUAGAGGCAUACUUGCAUUUUACAUUUUCUUGAUGUGUAAUCAUAUUGCCAAAGACAAACUAUUUCAUCAUUAUUAUUGUAAAUAACACUUUCCCAAAACCUACCAUAAAGUUUCUGUGAUGUAUUGUCUUCCAGUUGCAAUAAAAAUUACUGAGUUGCA